CCCGGGCGGGGAUUGGGCCGCGGGAUUGUCAAUCUUAUCGGGGAGGCGUGGCCGGCACUAAUAAAGACCGGGACCCGAACUGCAGCUGCAGUAAGUUCCACCGCAGCUAGAGCUCCGGGUGGUCAACUAGACGUGCAGCUCGGCAGUUCCGUGGACUUCAGCCGCAGCGUUCCCCUCGCCGGGUGUCUCGCCGCAGCCUCCGGAGAGGAGACCGAUCCUCACUUCUCAGAGAAAUGUCCGAUCCAGCUCAGCCGCCCACUGAAGGGGCAGAAGGGACUGCCCCAGGUGGGGGUCCCCCUGGCCCUCCUCCUAAUACGACCAGCAACAGAAGACUACAGCAAACCCAGGCACAAGUAGAGGAGGUGGUGGACAUCAUGCGUGUAAAUGUGGACAAGGUCCUGAAGAGGGACGAGAUACUGUCAGAGCUAGAUGACCGAGCUGAUGCCUUGCAGAUGGGAGCGUCACAAUUUGAGAGCAGCGCUGCCAAGCUAAAGAGGAAGUAUUGGUGGAAAAACUGCAAGAUGAUGAUCAUGCUGGGGGUUAUCUGUGCCAUCAUCGUGGUAGUUAUUGCAAGGGGUCACCGCUGGAGAAGAGCCACCACUGUCCUCGAUGUGUCCCAAGCCUGGAGCAAAUUCGCCCUCUUAGCCCACCCAGCCGUGUCACAGGAAUUAUUUCCUGGGUGUCUGCCCCUCUGAGGCUCACCAGAUAUAGUUGGCUUUGUUCUUUUGGAGAUGUCAGCCCUUCUACUUUCUUUCUCAUCCCACUGUGUACCCUCUUUUGUGUCUUUGCUGUCCCCUUUCCCUCCCACCACCCAUGUGCAUGAGCAAAUGUGCAACUAAACCCUGGGACUUUGCAGUCAAAUGAAGCUGAGCUUCCCAGAUCCCCUUCGGUUUGCCAUGAGACGAUGUGGGGUUUCCACUGUGUGUCUGUCAUCACCUCUUUGUCUUUUCCCCUAACCUCAAUCUCAUUCGUGUAUAGAAUAAUAAUUGUACUUCACCAAAGGCAUGUGGCAUAUUUACCAAUGUCAUGUAUUCUAAACAAAGGCGCAAAAAAUAUAAAUUCCUAACUACA